GUAAGAGUUCUGCUUCUGUCAGAGUUGUUCACUCUGUUCGUCUGUACUGUUCAUUCAUUCACUAUUCAUACCAUUCCUAUCAUGUGUUGGGGAAGUUAAUCGUGUAUAUAGGUAAAUGUAACCGCGUUUACCUAAAUAAUUGUAUUAGGGUCAGUUUGUUUUUAACCAAUUUUAUAUUAAGUUUGUUUUUAUGAGCACAGAAAUUGAAUGGAUGACCACGAUGAGGAUGUAUUCAGUGACACAAUAUCAGAACACUCGAUACGAAGUAAGGGCGACUACAUAAACUUGUCGAGGUUCACGAUAUACCACAGUGCACAGGACUUGGAGGAGAAAAUGGCGGAGGAGGACAGGUACACGGACAAGAGCAGCCAACUGUUGCACACGACCGACAAGGGUUCCAGCCCACAUUCACCUAAGUCAUGUCCUAAGAUGUUCACGGACGGCGCGCGGCGUGUGGACUUUGUGCUGGCAUGGAUGUCGCCCAUGCCACAUAAGCCGGUGCAGGUGCGCCAUGCGGAGGAGGCACAGGCCAAACGGGAGAUAUUCGAGCGACACCUGGAGAUGGAGGGGCUGGAGCUGGAACGAGAGGAUGUGGAAAGACACCACUUUGUCAAGAUACACGCCCCGCACGAGGUGCUCUGCCGUUAUUGCGAGAUCAUGAAGUUGCGCAUGCCCAUGAAGGAAUUGGAAGGUCAAGACGAGUUGUUGGGCUCUCAGUUCAACCUGAUCACAGAAGUGCGCUCUCUGCUGUCCAAACUGACCAGUUGUGUCAACCUGGACUCUACAGUGUUCCCGCAGGACAAGUUUCACCCCUCGGCAGAGUACAGUCGUGACAAGAGCUACCUGUUUGAUGAAUACUCUGAAGAUUUCUUCUCUGCAGCAGUUCGAACUUUGGUGGUGGACUUCAUACUGGAGCGUCAGAGCUUUAGUGAGGACCUGAGUGACGCUCAGUCUGUCGGCAUCAAGAAACUUCUCGCCGAUGGAGUGUACAGAGCAGCUUAUCCCCUCCAUGACGGAGACUACCAAGUUCCUGGAUCUCUAAGGCACCUCCUGUACACGGAGUGGGCGCAGGUCAGCAAAUGGAUCAUGUACCAGCCGAUAGACCAGAUCAAGGAGUACUUCGGUGUCAGGUUCGCUCUGUAUUUCGCUUGGCUCGGCUUCUACACACACAUGCUCAUCCCGGCGUCCAUUGUCGGCCUCAUCUGCUUUCUUUACGGCUGCUUCACCAUCUUCACGGAUACUCUCAGUACAGAUAUCUGCGACAAGUCGGAGGACAUUGUGAUGUGUCCCCGUUGCGACCGAACCUGCGACUACUGGAAACUGUCGGAUACCUGUACUUAUGCCCGCAUCACAUAUCUCUUCGACAAUCCUGUCACAGUCGUCUUUGCCAUCUUCAUGUCCUUCUGGGCAACGCUCUUCCUGGAGCUGUGGAAGCGGUACUCCGCGUCCAUCGCGCACCGAUGGGGUCUGACAGGCUACACGGCUCAGUCGGAACACCCGAGGCCGCAGUACCUUGCUCGGCUGGCUAGGAUACGCCACAAGAAAGUACGCAUCAAUGUCAUUACGGGGGCUAAGGAGCCGUAUGCUCCUUUCCUAACCUGCCGUCUACCAGCCAUGUGCCUCUCCUUUUCCGUGGUCAUCCUACUGACAGCUCUGGCGAUUGCAGCAGUAUUUGGAGUGGUGCUGUACCGCAUGUCCAUGUUGACUACUCUGAGCCUACUGGAAGACAACUCCCUGUAUACUCUGCUUCUCCAUCAACUGCAUUGUGACUAUAUUGUGUGGGUUUUGCAGACAGCUCUGGCGAUUGCAGCAGUAUUUGGAGUGGUGCUGUACCGCAUGUCCAUGUUGACUACUCUGAGCCUACUGGAAGACAACUCCCUGUAUACUCUGCUUCUCCAUCAACUGCAUUGUGACUAUAUUGUGUGGAUUUUGCAGACAGCUCUGGCGAUUGCAGCAGUAUUUGGAGUGGUGCUGUACCGCAUGUCCAUGUUGACUACUCUGAGCCUACUGGAAGACAACUCCCUGUAUACUCUACUUCUCCAUCAACUGCAUUGUGACUAUAUUGUGUGGAUUUUGCAGACAGCUCUGGCGAUUGCAGCAGUAUUUGGAGUGGUGCUGUACCGCAUGUCCAUGUUGACUACUCUGAGCCUACUGGAAGACAACUCCCUGUAUACUCUACUUCUCCAUCAACUGCAUUGUGACUAUAUUGUGUGGAUUUUGCAGACAGCUCUGGCGAUUGCAGCAGUAUUUGGAGUGGUGCUGUACCGCAUGUCCAUGUUGACUACUCUGAGCCUACUGGAAGACAACUCCCUGUAUACUCUGCUUCUCCAUCAACUGCAUUGUGACUAUAUUGUGUGGAUUUUGCAGACAGCUCUGGCGAUUGCAGCAGUAUUUGGAGUGGUGCUGUACCGCAUGUCCAUGUUGACUACUCUGAGCCUACUGGAAGACAACUCCCUGUAUACUCUGCUUCUCCAUCAACUGCAUUGUGACUAUAUUGUGUGGAUUUUGCAGACAGCUCUGGCGAUUGCAGCAGUAUUUGGAGUGGUGCUGUACCGCAUGUCCAUGUUGACUACUCUGAGCCUACUGAAAGACAACUCCCUGUAUACUCUGCUUCUCCAUCAACUGCAUUGUGACUAUAUUGUGUGGAUUUUGCAGACAGCUCUGGCGAUUGCAGCAGUAUUUGGAGUGGUGCUGUACCGCAUGUCCAUGUUGACUACUCUGAGCCUACUGGAAGACAACUCCCUGUAUACUCUACUUCUCCAUCAACUGCAUUGUGACUAUAUUGUGUGGAUUUUGCAGACAGCUCUGGCGAUUGCAGCAGUAUUUGGAGUGGUGCUGUACCGCAUGUCCAUGUUGACUACUUUGAGCCUGCUGAAAGACAACUCCCUGUAUACUCUACUUCUCCAUCAACUGCAUUGUGACUAUAUUGUGUGGAUUUUGCAGACAGCUCUGGCGAUUGCAGCAGUAUUUGGAGUGGUGCUGUACCGCAUGUCCAUGUUGACUACUCUGAGCCUACUGGAAGACAACUCCCUGUAUACUCUACUUCUCCAUCAACUGCAUUGUGACUAUAUUGUGUGGAUUUUGCAGACAGCUCUGGCGAUUGCAGCAGUAUUUGGAGUGGUGCUGUACCGCAUGUCCAUGUUGACUACUCUGAGCCUACUGGAAGACAACUCCCUGUAUACUCUGCUUCUCCAUCAACUGCAUUGUGACUAUAUUGUGUGGAUUUUGCAGACAGCUCUGGCGAUUGCAGCAGUAUUUGGAGUGGUGCUGUACCGCAUGUCCAUGUUGACUACUCUGAGCCUACUGGAAGACAACUCCCUGUAUACUCUGCUUCUCCAUCAACUGCAUUGUGACUAUAUUGUGUGGAUUUUGCAGACAGCUCUGGCGAUUGCAGCAGUAUUUGGAGUGGUGCUGUACCGCAUGUCCAUGUUGACUACUCUGAGCCUACUGGAAGACAACUCCCUGUAUACUCUGCUUCUCCAUCAACUGCAUUGUGACUAUAUUGUGUGGAUUUUGCAGACAGCUCUGGCGAUUGCAGCAGUAUUUGGAGUGGUGCUGUACCGCAUGUCCAUGUUGACUACUCUGAGCCUACUGGAAGACAACUCCCUGUAUACUCUACUUCUCCAUCAACUGCAUUGUGACUAUAUUGUGUGGAUUUUGCAGACAGCUCUGGCGAUUGCAGCAGUAUUUGGAGUGGUGCUGUACCGCAUGUCCAUGUUGACUACUCUGAGCCUACUGGAAGACAACUCCCUGUAUACUCUACUUCUCCAUCAACUGCAUUGUGACUAUAUUGUGUGGAUUUUGCAGACAGCUCUGGCGAUUGCAGCAGUAUUUGGAGUGGUGCUGUACCGCAUGUCCAUGUUGACUACUCUGAGCCUACUGGAAGACAACUCCCUCGCCACAAGAUACUCCGUUGUUAUCAUUCCAGCCACUGCUGCCACCAUCAACCUGGUGUGCAUCAUGGUCUUCAACUAUAUCUAUGACAUGUUGGCUGUGUACCUGACCGAGAUGGAGCUGCUGCGCACGCAGUCCGAGUUUGACGACUCACUCACCGUCAAGAUCUACAUGUUCCAGUUCGUCAACUACUACACGUCCAUCAUGUACAUUGCCUUCCUCAAGGGAAAGUUUGUCGGCUAUCCGGCCAAGUACAACCGGAUCUUCGGUUAUCGGCAGGAAGAGUGUAACCCCGGCGGAUGUCUGAUGGAGCUCUGUAUACAACUUGCCAUCAUCAUGGUGGGUCAGCAGGCGUUGAACAGUGUACUUGAGAUGGUGCUUCCGUUCCUAUACAAGUGGUACAACACUUUCAUGCUGGCGACGGGGCUGGACAGCCACGACUCUGACGAGGAUGUGGUGGACGGAGGCGUCUCCAAACAGUGGACUGAGGACUACAAGCUGUUGGACUGGGGGGAUCGCGGUCUCUUCAACGAAUACCUGGAGAUGGUGAUUCAGUACGGGUUUGUAACAAUUUUCGUAUCAGCGUUUCCACUGGCACCGGUGUUCGCGCUGAUAAACAAUGUCCUGGAAAUGCGGUUGGACGCGCGCAAGUUCCUUGUGUUCUACAGACGGCCGGUGCCACUUCGCGCACCCAACAUCGGCGUAUGGUUCCGCAUCCUGGACGUGCUCGCCAAGAUAGCAGUCUUCUCCAAUGCACUGAUCAUAGCAUUCUCAUCCAACUUCAUACCACGCCUGGUCUACAUGAUCAGCGUAAGUCCAGACCACAGCGACCAGGGGUUCCUAAACCAUUCUCUGGCCUACUUCAACACAUCAGACUUCCAAUACAAUAUCAGACCAAUCGACCCCUCAUUCAACGUCUCCAUAUGUAGGUAUCCAGAAUACAGAGAGCCUCCGUGGGCCGAACACAAGUACAAGAGGCCUAACAUCUACUGGCGCAUCUUGGCAGCCAGGCUGGGCUUCAUAGUGCUCUUCCAGAACCUGGUGUCUAUGGUGAUGAUAGCUGUACAAUGGUGUAUACCGGACAUGUCGCCCAAACUACGGGACCAGAUCAAGCGAGAGGCUUUCCUGACCAGUGAGAUGAUUAUAAAACAGGAAACUCUACGAGCUAGAGGCCAUCGUGGGGAGAGUCCAGUGAACCCUGUCGCGAUGAUGUACGCUGACAACGAGCUGAACAAUUCCAGCUUGAGGCGGCGACGACUGAGCAACGCGGACAAGGAAGGAGUCGGGGACAACAGGAACAGUGGAAUCGAACUGGACAAUAUCCACACUAUAGUGUAGCAGCAGAUACACGGUUUCUCUGUCAUGCCUUAACUUCUCCUGUGCCAUCCUGUCACAUCUACUGUCGCUAUGUUACUUACCAUGAAAGUCGUUAGGUUUAAGAUUUUGUUACUCAACUCCCCUCCGAGAAAACGCCGAACCUGUGUUGAAUUUGAGACUCAGGUUUCUGUUGAGGCUGGGGUAUGCUUCCCAAUCCCAAUUACAAAAAUUGUUCCAUUGUAAAAUUUUCCUUAAUUACCAAACGGUGAAAGAAAACUCAGUACAUGUAGUUUUUUCAGUUAGGUAGAAGGAAUUUUUUCUAAUAUUUUACUUGAAUGUUCUAAUUAACCCUUUGGUGUCAGCGUUAUUUGACUCGGGCCUCCCGUGAGUAGUGGCGUUGUACAGACUAGGCUGCUCUGUUGAGAUUUUCCACAAAUCUCUAAUCCACGAAUUAUGCCAGUUAAAUGCAUUUAACUGGUAUGCGGGCACAGACGUCCAAUGCACAAUUUGGCCAUUCAUUACCAGUGGAAUCAGACCCCAAAGGGUUAAAGUCAAUUAUUUCAUGCACGUAAAAUAACAAUUCAAGUUUAACAAAUGUAUUAGUUUAACACUUUCUAAGAACAGCACAUACAAAGAUAUCUUCUGUUCAGAGAGGGGAGGGAAACUGAGUUAUGUGAUCUGGAAUCGUGUCUUUAUGAAUGUAAGAUUGUUGGCAUUUCAAUAAUUCCUAGUAACGUUUAAAUUGCAUUUUUACUUGUACUGGAAACACAGUACGAGUUGAACUAUUGCAUUGUUGUUGUACUUCUUAUGUUGUAAUGCUUGUGGAUUUUUAACGGCAUUUCAAAUAACUAAAUCUCUCCAUAAUAUGUUGAGAAGAAAAGUAGGACAUUUAAUAUAUGUUUUUUCAAGUUGAAACACUUCUGACCGACCACAACAGUUCUGUUGUUUACAUAAAUAUUGAUUUAUCACUAAAAGAUAAAGUGAAUGUAAUUAACAAAGUCAUGGAUAUUGGAAUAAUAAUACUCUAAAUAUGUCAGAGAUGUCCUAUUUUUUUUUUCAUUCUGAUGAAUUUUAAGUUGGCGAUUACGAUGAGAUAAUGUUCUCAGAUUUAUGUUUUCUUCAAACUUCAUUGCCAAUUUCAUAAAUGGCUGGUGCUGCAUUACUGGACAAAUAGUAAUGCAAACUAAAAUUUGUUGACUUAACUUAAUACCUCUUGUUUGCAAAACUUAACAAAGUAAUUAAGAAAACAACUUAAAUUUAUCAAUUUAAAUUUCUAUUUCUUGGUUGUUUUAUUUAUAGAAUAUUAUGUAAUGUACUGUAUUUUAGAAAACAUUACAAACAUAUACAAUAUUUUUAAUGCUAAAUUAGAACACUCCUUAACCUUUUUAAUAAUUGACAUUUUGCAGACGAGUUGUAUUAAACUUCAGCCAACAAAACAAAGAAUCUCAUAAUUGUAAUACGUAACAUUUACUGAAUUAUGUCCUAUUUAAGAACACCUAGAGUAAAUUUAUAUCGUUGUUAUAAAACAAAUCCAACUUACGCCAUUGUUGCCUUAUUUAAUGCAUAAAUAUUUUAUUGUUAACAAAUCUAGACUAAUGUACAUUUUUCAUUAUUUAAAAAUGCUGUUAUUUUUACAAAUAUAUUUUAGUUUUUUACUUAUUUAGUAUAAGAUGUUUAACGUUGUAACUAUGAUUUUGUAAGUUUAUGAUUUUAAAACCGUUUUAUGUGUACAAAUUGUAAACAAAUAUAUUUGAUGUUACUAAAUAAAUAUAAAAUAUUGUACAGGUGUGAAAAUGUGCAGAACAAACUUCUCUUCCAAGGAAACCAAGUUUGAACUGUUUUUCUGUCUUAAUCAAACAUAUUUUCCUUUAUUGGUGAUGUUAUGGACAAUUACUUUAAUUUCAACUCUUUCCACAUUGCAACCAGUUACAUCAUGUACUUAUGUUUCUUCUUCAUAAUUCUGUUGCAUACAACAAAAUAAUUUAUUGUACCUGAGUGGUAGUCAAUUAAUUUUUAUUGCCGCUGUACUCUACUGUUUCCGACAGAGCUUGUGCCUCACAGCAUAAAACUUAUUGGUUAUUGUAUACUUAUAAUUAUUGUACUGCUUGAAAUGUAUUUUAACUUAUAUGACAGAUUCCCACUUCAGAAUUUCAGUGUGUAUUAAUUGCCCAAUUACAGUGAAGUUAGCUCAUUUUCACGUCACCUGUACACAUAACCAAUUUUAUUUAGGGAGUCCUAAACAUUUUCUUUGGUGAUUUAGAUUUAGGUUUUCAGUUUUAUAAAUCUUUACAGACUGCUUUUGGUGAACAAACAAGGGUUUUUUACACUUUCCUGUGCUUAAUUCCACUUUAUUUAGAUUUAUUUAUAGUUUAUAUCCAGUGUCACUUUUGUGUUUGCUUGUGUUAAAGGUUAGUUUUUAAUUAUUUUUACAGAAGAUUUUUACUUAGAAUGUUCUGUUUUAUCCUUUACCAAGGAUUCAACAAUACAGCAAUAAGCCAGCUACAUCAUAUAAGAGAAUUAAAUAUUUUAUGUUACUUUUUUAUUUGAUAUAUAUUUUGACAAGUUUUUUAAGGUUUUUACUCUGUUAAUACAUUGUUGUCACAGCUAGCCAACCCUAGACAGCUGAUCUUUGUUGUACUUUAAUACAAAACCAAUGCAGGUAGAAAGUCAUGUUUAUUUAUGAGCUUAAUUUUGUGUUUCAGGCUGAAUUUCCGAUAACACACCUUCAUUGUAGUUAUGCAUUUAUGGCACUUUCACUUAAUUUAGCAGCUAGUUAAUUUCGUAUUGUUUAUCUCAUUACAUAAACGUUAAAAUUAUUUUUUUAAAGUUGAAAUAAAAAAUGAAGAUAUAAUUAUGAAUUAAGAGGCUACUGCAAAAAUGCCCUUGGGGGUUUCUCCAUAAGAACAUUGUUAAUCCUAAUGCAGUUUUGCACCUUUAUUUUUUAUCAAGCAUCGUGCAUUUUAAAGAUAUAACUAAUAUACAUUCAAACGCUUUUUAGUUUUUUUUAGUAUAUACUGUAAAGUACAACAAAAUUUGAGAUUUUUCUGAAUAACUUAUAAAAAUAUUGAAAGAACUAAAAACCAUUUGGAUGCAUAUUAAUUAUAUCUCUAAACUGAGACGUCUCCCACGAUGCUAUGAUCAAACAUAAAGGUGUAAACGGCUUGAGGUUUAACAUUGCUUUUAUAGAGAACACCCCAAGGUCAUUUUGCUCAUAACUACCAAACAAAAUCUUACAAAUGACUUAUCAAACUGACCUAAUAAAACUUAAGACCUCAAUAAUCAAUAGACACAUUGACUGGAUAUAUAAUUCUAGUUUCCUGUGUUCUUUCUCCAGCAUAAAAACUCUUCUUUACACAUUCCAUUCACUUCCUUUCUGCAUCCUAUCAUGUCUCUACUAUGUACAGUUUAGGAUAAUACUAACAUGACAUUCACUUAUGAUGAGAGCCAAUAAAUUGUUAUCUUUAGAGGUCUUUGUAUUUCUUUUAGUCUGUUUCUGGCAGCAAAUUCGUAUCGUUUUCUACAUGAUUGCCACACACGUAGCUACUUCAAAAGUGAACAAACACUAGUUUCUUUGUUUAUUAUACUUUUUAAAGGAUAUAAGUAAAUUUUUCACCAUUAUCUGCAGGAAAUUGUAGUGUCACAAUAUUUGCAUCAAAUUAUUUUUAUUCUAGUACUAUUCUGUUAGCAACUACAAAUUGAUGAACAAAUAAUCACUUCAUACUUUUUCAAAUAAAUUUGUAUUGUUAAUCUACUAAUGUUAAAAUUAAACAUCAGAUAUUGAAGUAAAAUUAACUUAUUCAAUUAAAUCAUCUUUUCAUAACAUAUUGAUACAUUGAUGUAACAAUUACUUUUUUUUUAUUAAUGAAGUAAAAAUAUCCAAUGCUGCUGUAAAAUAAUUGUUUAGUUCUAUGUCAUUU